AGGAAGGAAGGAAGGAAGGAGGGAAGGCAGGCAGCAAGGCAGGAAGGACGGAGGCAGCUGGCCGGGCAGCGCUGUGCCACGCCAAGCCAUGAGCCCCUGCAGAUGAGGAAGACCCUGGCACAUCUCUGGAACCUGCAAUGACAAGUCUGAACAGUAGCCAUGCAGAGAAAACUGGGGAAAUGUCUUCAAAGCAGCCAACGCCAAAAGUGCAGGUUCAACGAUCUGUUUCCAGAGAGACUAUCACCAUUCAUUUCUCGGCAUUUGGGAAGGAGGAAGAGGAGGAGGAGGAAGAGUUCAAGAAGUCUCUCCCUGAGGCACCGGAUGACCAAAGCAUUGUAACAGCACUGGAAGCUAAGGAGGACCUUUGCUUUGACCUUGGUGACCAUGACUCUUCUGGUUCCACUACCUCGCUUAAAAUGGUUGCAUCUCCACUUGCCUCAUCUCCCACAGUCACACCAACUAUAAAGCCGUCGGAGUCCCAAGUAUUCGAUGUGGUGCCAUUAUCUCUCUCACCUUCCUCACAUUCAUGUCACGCUCCUCCCUCAUCAGGUGGGGUUUUGCCUUCAGAACUGAGAACCACCCUGUCUUCUUCUCCAUUGCAUUCCCCUUCCAAGUCGCUUGUCACAUCUAGCUCACCAUCCACUGUUACUAGCUCAAAGCCCUUCAUGAGUUUAGUUAAGUCCCUUUCAACGGACAUCGAACCAAAAGAACCCACUCCACCCACAAGGCACAGGCAAUUAAUGAAAUCCCUGGUGAAGUCUCUGUCCACGGACACUUCCAAACAGGAGUCUGAAGUGGUGUCAUACAAACCACCUGACUCUAAACUGAACUUGCACUUGUUCAAGCAGUUCACUCAGCCUCGGAGCACAGGUGGUGAUUCCAAAACAGCUCCCUCAUCCCCUUUAACAUCUCCUUCAGAUACUCGUUCCUUUUUUAAAGUACCCGAAAUGGAAGCCAAAAUUGAAGACACAAAAAGACGCCUUUCAGAAGUGAUUUAUGAGCCUUUUCAGCUCCUCAGUAAAAUAAUGGGGGAUGAGAGCGGUAGCCACAGGCCCAAAGCCUUAUCUUCAAGUGCUUCAGAACUAUCCAAUCUUUCCAGUUUGAAUGGCCAUUUGGAAAGCAAUAACAACUAUAGCAUUAAGGAAGAAGAAUGUGAUUCUGAGGGGGACUUCUAUGGAAGUGACUCCAAUAUAAAUAAGAGUACUAAACAACCUCAGAUAGCUGAAGAGCAUGCAAAAGAGGAUGAAAGUAGAGGUUCCCCAUUAUUAAGCACAAAGGAUGCCAAUUUAAAGGGGCCACUGGUACUUGAAAGAUGUUCUUUGUCUGCUUUAGCAAGCAAAGAAGAUGAGGAGUUCUGUGAACUGUAUUCCGAGGAAUUUUGUUUGAUAGAGGAUGACAAAGCUGACAAACAUUGGGACGGUUCAUUGAAAACAGAGAUGCCUGAGGAAAGCUCCACACCUUUCAGCAGUGAAGGUGAAAUUGAACUUCAUGUGCAACAGCCUAAACUUCCAAUGAAGACAUUGUACUUUCUCACAAUGCUGAUCUAUGCUUAUCUUAUAGUCCCCCUCCCUAGUUACUUCAGUGGACUCUUCUUGGGAGUUGCCAUUGGGUUUAUGAUUGCUAUCUGUGUUAUUUGGCUUUUUACACCAAGUGCUAGAUAUAACAGGCUACAUGCACAUUGGAACAAGCAGCUGGAUACAGAACCUCUGGACAUCAGAGAACCUGAGAUAUUGAAGGGCUGGAUGAAUGAGAUCCAUAACUAUGACCCAGAAACCUACCAUGCUACAUUGACUCACUCGGUCUUUGUGAGGCUUGAAGGAAGCACCCUGAGACUUUCAAAACCUAACAAAAAUAUUUCUAGAAGGGCUAUUUACAAUGAAGCCAAGCCUGAAGUCACCUACAUUAGCCAGAAAAUUUACGACCUUACAGACAGCAAGAUUUACCUUGUCCCCAAAACUUUGGCUCGGAAACGAAUUUGGAAUAAAAAGUAUCCUAUAUGCCUUGAACUUGCGAGACAAGAUGAUUUCAUGGCUAAAGCCCAGUCUGAUAAAGAGACCUCAGAAGAGAAACCGCCUGUUGAAAAAGUGGAGCUAACCAGUGAAGAAUCCAAGAAACUCUCUCAGGAUGGGGCAAGGUCCAUUACUCAGAAGGACCAAGUUCUUUAUCUCUUUGGAAGGACUGGUAGGGAGAAGGAGGAGUGGUUUAGGAGAUUCCUUUUGGCUUCCAAAUUGAAAUUUUAUGGAAAAAAGCCAAUAUCUGUGUGUGGAAACAAACCAGGUAGGAUUUUCCCCCCCAGCAAACUCAAAAUAUCAUUCUUGCCAGCACACAGUAGAUCCAUAGCCAGUCUGGAGUUCUUACACACACGUAGUAGCAGCAAAGGAAGUGUAGAAGAAAUCCUUUCCCCGCCAAAGCAGAAGGAACUGGCAGCUAGCACAAGACAAAAAAUGUUGCUGGAUUAUAUGUUAUAUGGCUAAGUGUAUUCCCAAGAACAUACAAGCCCCGUAGCUAGUCCUACACAAGGUUGUGAGUUCAGUCCCAGUCUGGGGCUCCAGGUUGCCCAGAUGCAUUGUUGUGAAGAAGAGGAGCAGGAAGCAUGGGUAAAUGCCUUGCUAGGAAGAAUCUUUUUGGAUUUCUUGGGAGGAAAAGUACUGGUCUGACAUUGGUCUCCACGACACGUACAACAAAUGAAGCUUAGCAAAAUAAAGUUGCCGUACUUCAUGAAUGAGUUAACACUAACCGAGCUGGACAUGGGAAUUGCUGUGCCGAAGAUCCUUCAAGCCUACAAACCUGCCAUUGAUUAUAAAGGGAUUUGGAUUGACUUGGACAUUUCCUACAAUGGGUCUUUUCUAAUGACCCUUGAGACCAAAAUGAAUUUGACCAAACUUGGGAAAGAGCCUUUGAGUGAAGCACUAAAAGUUGGUGAAAUUGGCAAAGAAGGUUUUAGGCCAAGGGCAUAUUGCCUUGCAGACAGUGAUGAGGAAUCUUCAAGUGCUGGCUCCUCUGAAGAAGAUGAUCCUCCAGAAGUAACAGGAAGUGAGAAGCCUUUAGUACCAGGAGCAGAAGGGUAUGUGGGAGGGCAUCGAACAAGUAAAAUUAUGAGAUUUGUGGAUAAAAUUACCAAGUCAAAAUAUUUCCAGAAAGCAACUGAGACCGAAUUCAUCAAGAAAAAGAUUGAAGAGGUCUCAAAUACCCCACUGCUGCUAACUGUUGAGGUACAAGAAUGUAAAGGAACAUUAGCAGUUAACAUUCCUCCACCACCUACUGAUAGAAUAUGGUACGGUUUCCGAAAACCACCUUACUUGGAGCUCAAAGCUCGGCCAAAGCUUGGUGAAAGAGAAGUGACUUUGGUUCAUGUGACUGAGUGGAUAGAAAAAAAAUUGGAACAAGAAUUCCAGAAAAUUUUUGUCAUGCCAAACAUGGACGACGUUUAUAUUCCUCUAAUGCACUCAGCCAUGGAUCCACGCUCAUCUGUGUGUCCUCUGAAAGAGUCUGUCACAGAUGCUACUGAUCAGCCAUGAAAUGUGAAGACUGCAGUUUACAGUAUUAACAAAUUGUUUUUAUUGUUUUUAAAAUGAACCUGUCUCAAUAUUU